AUGCUCGGUCUGGCUGCCGAGAAGGCCACGGACCCCCAAGAUGAGAUGUCUGCCCGAAUCGUUAGUUUUCUUAUGGUCAAUCGACAUCUCCAUGAAGCGAGAUCAUCUCUCGGCGACACCCCAGUGCUUCACGUCAUGAACGAGGUCGUAUCCUGCAACGCACAUGAUGACGUUAACGCUCGGAUUCAUGCUCUCGGCCUGCAUUAUCGCGAACGGUUACUGCGCGCGUUGCGUCAGUCGAAAGACCCGCUGCCAGCCUCCUAUGUGGACGUGUCCCGCCCAUGUUUAGAUACCAUGCAAGACAUGAUUAAUGAUUGCCUGGGCGAACAUCCGAAAGACUCCCACUCAGCAGGAAAAGCCCCACUCGCACGAGAUAGCUUCCGCUGUAUGCUUACCGGCGUGUAUGAGAUUUAUUCUCGGAUGAUAUCGCCCCAGAUCCGUUCCCGUGAACGCGCACCCAUCGAAUGCUGCCCUAUUCUCAGUGGAUCUGCAAACGAUCCAAGGCAUCCGACCGAGUGGCAGAAAAGGGUGUUUGCCGUCCUGAAGUCAUUUGGUCUCGAGUCUAUCGUUAGCACUCUCACAGCCGCAGGAGGUAUUCAUGAUUUGUCCAAUCUUCUUUCUUUGAGAAGCGAACUUCAUACCGCCUUCGACGACCUGGAAAUCUGGCUGGAGCCUACAUCUCAAGUGAGCAACGACAUCCCCGUUUACUUUCUAUUCUAA